AUGGCCGGUGCGCGGCCGGCACGGUGGCGCACGUCCGCGAGCUGGCCCCCGCUGCCCCUCGCAGGUGGCCGGGAUGCAGCUCCUUCGACCUCGCCUCGCAACCGGACCUCAAGCUCGCCCGCCGCAUCGGCACCGGCCAUCGGUAUAAUGGAGGUUGGGACUGCCCAAAUUGCAACCACUGGAAUGGUUGCGCUUAGUUAUGUACAAAAAGUAUCUGAAAAGCUUCGCUACAUAAGCAAUUGUGUGCAGGUUUCCCUUGCAUCUGAUUUCAUGUACAGUUCAGUGACAAAAGAUGUAACAGCAACCUUUGGUUAUGAUUAUAUGCUGAGACAGUGUCGAUUGAGGGGGAAACUGGAUACCAAUGGCGUAGUUUCUGCUCUUUUGGAGAAGCGAUUGACUCCGUCCGUCACUUUCCAGUUGUAUGCAGAGGUUGCGACUGCCCAAAUUGCAACCACUGGAAUGGUUGCGCUUAGUUAUGUACACAAAGUAUCUGAAAAUGUUUCCCUUGCAUCUGAUUUCAUGUACAAUCAAAUGACAAAGGAUGUAACAACAACCUUUGGUCAUGAUUAUAUGCUGAGACAUUGUCGAUUGAGGGGGAAACUGGAUACCAAUGGCGUAGUUUCUGCUCUUUUGAAGGAGCGAUUGACUCCGGCCGUCACUUUCCAGUUGUCUGCAGAGUUUUUUAGGAGUCUAUAUGGCCACUCGGCAAUUUCAGCCGACCACCCGAACUUUGAGCUAUUGAGUGCACAGACUGUGCCAGUUAACCCAAAACCUUUCCUGAACAACCUGACAGGAACCCUGUUAUUGUCAAACUCAAGUGGGGUAUGGAGUACAGAGCUUGCCAACACUGAGGAUUACAUUGAUGGGCAAUUCUCUGGAAAUCUGGGAGAGAUUCUAAUCAGGUGCAACAGCGUUCUGUAUCUCCUAGCCGUUCCAGAGGAUGCAGAGAUAGAGGAUGCAGAUGACAACUACACCUACCAGAUACGAACUUAUGAUCUUUUGAGUGAUGAAACAUGA